AUGGCGGAAGAUGGCAUCGAUCGCAAGGCCGAGGAACGCAUGGAGUUCUCUACCUCCAAGGAGGUCAGCGUCGCCCCGACCUUCGAGGCCAUGCAUCUGAAAGAGAACCUCCUCCGCGGCAUCUACGCCUAUGGCUACGAGUCGCCAUCUGCAGUCCAGUCCCGUGCGAUUGUGCAGAUAUGCAAGGGCAGGGACACAAUCGCACAGGCACAGUCGGGGACGGGCAAGACGGCGACAUUCAGCAUCAGCAUUCUCCAGGUCAUUGAUACGGCAGUGCGGGAGACGCAGGCACUCGUCCUGUCGCCAACCCGAGAACUGGCCACACAGAUUCAGUCCGUCCUCCUAGCGCUCGGAGACUACAUGAACGUGCAAUGCCAUGCGUGCAUUGGGGGGACGAACGUUGGUGAAGAUAUUCGCAAGCUGGACUAUGGGCAACAUGUUGUGAGCGGUACCCCGGGACGAGUGGCUGACAUGAUCCGCCGCCGUAAUUUGCGGACUCGCAACAUCAAGAUGCUGGUCCUGGACGAAGCCGAUGAGCUCCUUAAUAGAGGGUUCCGCGAGCAGAUCUACGAUGUGUAUCGGUACCUUCCUCCGGCUACUCAGGUGGUGGUCGUGAGCGCCACUCUUCCCUAUGACGUCCUGGACAUGACGACGAAGUUCAUGACAGACCCAGUCCGCAUCCUGGUCAAGCGCGACGAAUUGACGCUCGAAGGGCUCAAGCAGUACUUCAUUGCUGUAGAAAAGGAGGAUUGGAAGUUCGACACCCUAUGCGACCUCUACGACACCCUCACCAUCACACAAGCAGUCAUCUUCUGCAACACCCGCCGCAAGGUCGACUGGCUCACGGACAAGAUGCGCGACGCCAACUUCACAGUCUCGAGCAUGCACGGAGAAAUGCCGCAGAAGGAACGCGACAGCAUUAUGGGCGAGUUUCGGCAAGGCAACAGCCGGGUGCUGAUCUCGACGGACGUGUGGGCGAGAGGGAUUGACGUGCAACAGGUCAGCUUGGUGAUCAACUACGAUCUGCCGUCGAACCGUGAGAAUUACAUCCACAGGAUUGGUCGAUCGGGAAGGUUUGGGAGGAAGGGAGUCGCGAUCAACUUCGUGACUAGCGAGGAUGUGCGCAUUCUGAGGGACAUUGAGCUCUACUACUCCACCCAGAUCGACGAGAUGCCGAUGAACGUUGCCGAUUUGCUCUCGUGA